AAAACGUCUAAGGGGCGGAAACGAUGCUAAAAACAUUAGCGAGUCUCGGGGUUUUGUGUGAGUGUUUGACGCGGAGUUUGUAGAAGACACGGAUUAAAAUCUGGCUUCUGGACUCUCAGAGAUCCCAUCACACCGCGUGUGAGGAAAAGAAGCUGUCUACACGUGUUAAUUACGAAGUGUUCAGGUGGUUGGUUAGCUAACAAGCUAGCUAGCUGUUUGGAUCUCCAAGUGCAGGUCAUCCAAAAUGGAUGACAGUAAGAUGGUUGGUGGAAAGGUGAAGAAACCGGGGAAACGUGGCCGAAAGCCUGCCAAGAUCGACCUGAAGGCGAAGUUGGAACGCAGCAGACAGAGCGCGCGAGAAUGUCGAGCCAGGAAGAAGCUGCGCUACCAGUACCUGGAGGAGCUGGUGUCCAGCAAAGAGAGAGCCAUCUGUGCCCUGAGAGAAGAACUAGAGAUGUACAAGCAGUGGUGCAUUGCCAUGGACCAGGGAAAAAUACCAUCAGAAAUCAAAGCUCUCCUGACAGGAGAUGAUCAGAAAGGCUCACAAAGCGGCAGCACCACCAAAACACCCAAAAACGGCAAAUACAACUCAUCAGGCAUCAGCCAGAGCAAGACGACUUAAGUUAAAGUUAGACGCUUCUCUUUAAAGACAGUCCAGCGUGCUCCGGACGCCGAGGGGGCUGAUAAAUAGAGCUAUGUAGAAUGGUGUAUAUGAAGGAUGAAGGAACAGUGCAGCAGUCACACAGAGUACAAACAAGGUUGUUUUUUUUUGUUUUUUUUGGAGGAAACUGGGUAAGGAACACUAAAUCUCUUAAAAGUCCACAGUAUUGUUUUUGUAACGAUCAUCAUUUUGGCAACAUUUUCAUUUAUUCCCUUCUCAGAUUUAGAACAAAGUGAAAGGCGAUGGUGAGGCAAGUGGCGAAUUCUUGCAGGUUUCAGAAAGUCAGAAAACAAAUUAUGCAAGAAGGCACAGAUAUCUGUCAAAGGACAAAUGAGACACAUGCACACUUUGGGUGUGGUCAGAAUGAUUAAGCUCUAAGCACUUUAAAGAAAUUUGAAGAUUUGCAUAGCACUGGGUUACAGCUCUUCAUUCUUGUAGAUUUUGUGAAGAAAAGUUACGGAGUGAAAUCUAUUUUUAUUUCAUAUGUAUUUAUUUCUUACUGAAACAUAACGCACUUUCCUUUUUGUCUCUCCACAACUGUAAAACGUGGAUAAGCUUUUUUAGUCACUAUACUCCAUUGGCGAUCUGAUGUCUAUCUUCUGUCUAUAAGUUUACGAAAUGAUACUCUGUCUGUAUUACAUCGACACAUUCACGUACAUUUCCCCCUGCACUCUCUCUCUCUCUCUCUCUCUCUCUCUCUCUCUCUCUCUCUCUCUUUUACACUCUGCAUUAAUAUUAUUGUAUUUGUAAUGUUUCAGAAUAAGUUCUCAUUAGGAUGCCUAGGAAUCAUGUUCAGCUUCUUAAUUGCUAACUUGUCGAUUAAUCAAACUGAUAUUUUAUUUUUUGGAACAUGUCUAUAUUCAGACUGGACAGUGCACUGAAAGAAAGAAUUAGUUUGUAAUUAGAAAAGUAACCCUGUGUACGAAACCAAAACCAAGUUGAAGACACAGUAGAUCAGAUUGUGUUGAUAAACAUACAGUAUUUUGGAUAAUAUGAAUAAUUUGAUCAUUUGACAUGAUGUUUAUGUAGACAACACAAACAAAUCAACAUUAAGUGCAAAAUGAAUGGAUCAAUAAUGUACUGUCGAACAGUGAUACAUUUGUGUUUCUCCCUUUCCUGCCUGUCCGUUUCCAAUAAUGUCAUUAUUUUGCACAGAAAUAUAUGGAUAUUUUUAUAUUUAUGUAUAAAGUGUGUAUAGAACUGUUGGCAAA